GUCACCCUGCGAUGUUCGCGCGAUGAAGUUCUCUCAGCUUCAACGCUCACAUCAGAGUCUGCAGGCAGCGGGACGAACUGUGAUCUCUUUCACUUCGCGCUGAUGCGGACUCGCCUAUAAAAAACGCGGAAACUGAGGAGCUGCGCCACAGAGGAGCGUUGAGGGGACAGAAGAAUACAUCAUAUCUGCAGAAGACAAGAAGAUCAUGAGCAGUUCUUCUCAGACUCCGUCCGAACUGGAGGCCCUGGAGUGUCACUUCACCUGGGUCAAGGAAUUCACUAGAUCCAAGCUGUUACACAUGAAGGUCAAGCUUGAGGACAUUGGGACAGAUGAGGGAAAUUUUUGGUUGGGUUCUAUUUACAACAUGUGGGGGUUGGUUCUCUACAAGCUGGACUCUAGUGAAGAAGCCCUUCAGUUCCUCAACAAGGCCACAGAAACCUUAAAGCGGCUGAGGGAGGAAGAUGAGGGUCCCUGGUUGGUGGUGAACUACGGGAAUCUGGCCUGGCUGCACCAUCAUCUUGGAGAAGAGGCAAAGUGUCAGGACUGCUUGUCAAAGGUUCGAGCUCUCAAAAGUAAAUUCCCAUCUCCAUCCCAGGACGAGCUCCAUCCAGAGAUCUACGCAGAGAAAGCCUGGACUCUGAUGAAGUUAGGUAAAAAGAACAAGGAGCUGGCUGCAGAUUACUUUCAGAGAGCCUUCAACAUGCAGCCAGACAUGGUGCAGUGGCAGUCCAGCCGUGUCAUUUCUCUGGCCAGUGCUGCUAAGCACCGGGACACAGACCUGAGUGAUGACCUCUUGCAGGAAAUAAGAACAGCCCGAGAGCAGGAUCCAGAGAAUCUGUAUGUGGCUGCUGUGGAGCUCAAAGAAAGAAACAGAAAAGGAGAAUCAGUGGGAGAUGAGGCAGAGACGCUGGGCCAGAAGAUCCUCCUGCAACCUGUCAGCAGCUACAGUGGCCUGAAGCCUCUCCUGAGACUGCACAGGCAGCAGGGCUCGCUGGAUGAGGCCAUCGUUCUGACAGAGGAGGCCUUGCAGCAACAUCCCAACGAGCGCUACCUGAAGAGAUGCGCCGCACUCUGCUACAAAUGGAAACUGUUCAGCUUAGGAGGUGUUCGGGCAGACCAACGUACAAUUGAGAGAGCCAUUCAGCUGCAUGAGGAGGUGAUCGAUCUCUACCCAGACACAUCAUUUGCUAAGGAGAUUGACCUGGCAGAUAUUCAGGCUAAGUCAAGUCAGGGCCGUACCAAAGCAAAUCAGAUGUACCAAGAGCUGCUGGCAAGAAGAGACCUGGAUUCUGGAGACAAACAGCUGCUCUACUACAGCUACGCCAGAUACCUCAACUUCGAGUGUCAUGACAGGAACAAGUCCAUUCGGUACAACAUGAUGGCAGCAGAGAUUCCUAACAGGAGUUUCUAUGGGAAACUAAGCAUCAAAGCACUCAAGAAAAUAUGCGAGAGAGGAAGAAGCGGGAUGUGCAGGGAAAUCAGGGAGUUCCUGGAGAACCUGCCAGAUGAUGAUUCUGACUGAGCUUUUACCCAACUAACCCUGACUCCAGUUUGCAGACCGAGGCCAGGUUGAGGCAUGCCUUGGUCUGACGCUGCAGUCAGGGGCUUCUCGUUUUACCAACAUAGGCUUCAUAUCUAAACCUUUGAAGAUGCUUUACCUUUUCAUUUAUGUGGGGAAUUAUUUGUAUUUCCAUUCUUUUAGCAGCUGCUGGUUGAGAAGUAGAAAUGUAAAACAGGAAAUUAAAUUUGAUUGUAAGUUAUAUUCUUGUGACUUGAUCAAAGAUCUGCAUUACUUGUCCUUUCAAUAACAUUGUCAAAUGACAUGAUUCUGUUGUAUAACUCCAUAACUCACAAAUUAUUCUUUAAUAAACAUUUAAUCAACAAAA